UCGACACACAUCUCAUUAUUAUGAAGCCGGAAAGUUGCUCCAUGCUUUUGCUAGUAGUGUGUGGCCCUGUCUUUCCCCUUGGCGUGCGCCUGUCUGCCGGCGUUUCACGGAGCCUUGACGCAACCACCGGUGGAAGCGGUCGCCGAUCUGUCUUAUUCCUCUCAUCGCGCAACCACCGGCAGCAGCAUCUGGAGCUCAGUGGCACGCCGCACCCCCGCCGCCGGAGCCGGGAUACGUAUACGUCCGUGCGCGCGCACCCAGCGGCACACGCGCGCGAUCACCGGUCCAUCACCCAACCAACGUCCCGCCCCAAGCGGGCGGGCGCGGCCGGCUCCGACUCCAACCCGUGCCGCCGUGCGGAACCGGAAGCCUCUCGCCUUCCCGAGUUCGCCACCUCCUCCUCCUACUGCCGCAAGUCCCAAUCAUUGCCUUCCCCCACCGCACCCCACGAGCCCACCUCACCUCACCUCACCCAAAGGUCCCCACAGCGAAAGCAAAGGGGAGGAGGAAGCAACCCCGCGAGGCCGCAAAGCAAUCGGCGAAAGCGAAGCGGGCGGCGGAUGGCGCGCGGGCUGCGCGGCGUCCGCGACGACCUCUCCGAGCUGGGGCGGCACCUGCUGGACAUCGCCUGCUUCCUGCACCCGCUCCUCAACCCGGCGCACACCGACUCGCCGCCGCCAACCCCGACGGGCCCGGGCCCGCGCCACCGCCGCGCGCGCCGCUCACCGUCCCCGCACCCGCCGUCGUCCCCGUCGCUCCUCGCGGGCAUCCUCUCCGACCUCGCCGAGAUCGGCGGCUCCUUCCGCGGCGGCUUCUCUGGCGCAGCCGCCGCCGCCCCGUCCUCGCCGCCGCCGCCCGCUGCGGUCGAGUCGCAGCAGGCCGCCGCGUCCCCGCCUUCGCCUGCGGCUGCUGCCGACCAGAUCGCAGUUGAUGUCGUGGGAGCAGCGCGUGCCCUCGCCGCGCGCCCCGAGGCGUGGAUCGACUUCCCCGUGCUCGCCCUAGAUGAGGAUUCUGUAAUCUCUGAUAUCCAAAGAGAUCAUAUGGAAUCCAUUGAAAAACUUGUUCCAGAUUUAGCAUCUCUACGGGGUAGGCUCUGUCCUUCUUACAUGGAUGAAGACAUAUUCUGGAAGAUUUACUUUAGGUUGCUUGAGUCAAACAUAAUUGAGCAUAGUUCUGAGGAAGAUACCCAGAGUGUGCCAAAUUCUGUACAUCACAACAAUGAGAUAGAGUCAGAUUCUCCACCUCACGUCUGUGAGAUAGAAAGUGUGAAAAGCAACCAAGAAGGGUAUCAAUCUUCGGAUGGUCGUGCUUUGCCCAAGACAAGAUCCGAGCGAAGCAUUGACCAAUGGGUAUUUGCAAAGUCGAAAUCUGAGGAAAGCAUGGAUCAGUGGUCUGAAAUACCUUCAGAUGUGGAAUCCUUCAGAGAAGGUAAAAGAUACCUCAGUAGCGAGGAGCUGAGCGACGUUGAUAGUGCCAACGUCGUUGUCAUGGACAAAUACAUGGAUUCGCUUCUCUCGGACCGGAGGCACCUCCCCUAUGCUAGCUCCUCAGUGCGCCAGGAUUCAGUCAGACGAAAACCUGCUUCAUCCACUGAUUACAGCCAUCGGCCUCCACAGCCAACUCCACCUGCAUCACUGUCAAAGAAGGAAUCAUGGGAUGUCAUUGAAGACUCGGAGUUUGAUAUACUUGACAGUUAGUAGUUGAGAUCUUUGUGAUCUCAGGUCUGUUUAUCCUUCUAUUUUCUUCCAUGUUUCCCCACACUUCACCUGGUUUGUAAAUGUGGACGUGCAGGUGGCGUCAGUGAUAGUGGGAAAGGAUUAAUGAUCUUUUUACCAAUAUAUUACAACAGUCAGUGUGUGCAUAUAAAUCUUCUCAGCUCGCAAGCUGUAAGCCUGUAACCUGAGAAAAUUGUGAUGAAUCUGUCUGGCAUCACCUAGUUAUCAAAUGGGGAUGGUAUUUUCGCCUCCCAGUUCCCAGUUCAAAAGAAA